AUGCCCAGAGUUUGCUCACACUGGCGAUAUAAUCGCCAUUUUGUGCCUCUUACGAUGCAUUGUAAAUUUCCUCCAGAACGCCCACUGGACCCUCCUGUGUUAACACAGCAUAAAGUCUUUCCACGAGAAGUCGAUUCAAUUCCUCCCAUAAUGCCAGGCUUACCAGCUCCUUUGACAUUAUUUGCUUCUCUCAACAUUCUGAAACCUCGAGGCAAAGUCAGCUGUCUUAACCGAGGAGGCUACAACUUGCAAGAGAAAUUAGGGUGGUCAUUAUCAGAGUACAAAGAAGUUUGCAGUUUCGUCAUCCAUUUAGCUCACAAGCACCUUAAUGUGCAAAGGUCCUGGAAAAUGCAGCUGGUUCCAAAAUUGCAAUUAGUUUUUUCAGAGGCAAAGAGCCACUAUCCUGUUCUCAAAGAAUAUAAAGAUGAUUGGGUAGUGUCGGAUUUCUUGCGGGUCUAUCUUAAAAAUAGUAGCACUCGCGCGAACUAG